ACGUGAUUGGCGGGAGAAAAUGUGUGUGCGUGUGUGUGUUUGUGUGUGUCUGGCUGGGAACCUGCUACUGGUUUCCCAUCUACCCACACACAUACACAUACAGACGCAGUUAGUCAGACAGACGGUCUCUCCGCAUAAACGGUAGACAGAGAGACAACAAACACUUCUUCUGCUGCUUAAAAAACAACAAUUGUUGUAGAAGUGAAGUCGACGUGAUGUUAAACGCGAAAUGCUACCGUUUAGUCUGAGGGGGGAGCUUACAGUGAGGAAAAGGCUGCUGAAAGUGGGUGAACUGUGACAGCAGCUGGAGAAAUUCACCGACGGAUUUGUUGACUGCACGUGGAAGUCAGCACUGAAACACAGCGGGUGACUCUCGUCCUCUCCACUUCAACUGCUGCCAGCUGAUCACUCCUGCGUACUUCAGAGAUGAGUGCCAAGUCAGCCAUCAGCAAGGAGGUCUUCAUACCCCACGAUGAGAAGAUGCUUGCUGCUGUGCAGGUGAAGCGGAGAACUAAGAAGAAGAUCCCGUUCCUGGCCACUGGUGGUCAGGGCGACUACAUGACGUUCAUCUGCCUCUCAGUGACAAAUAAGAAACCAUCCCAUUUAUCUAUUACCAAGGUGAAGCAGUUCCAAGGAUCUACUGCCUUCAUGAAAAGAUCACAUUGGACAAUUGACCAGCUACGGCAGGUCAACGGCAUUGACCCAAACAAAGACAGUCCAGAGUUCGACCUGACAUUUGAAAACGCUUUUGACCAGUGGGUCGCUGGAUCAGCGGGAGAGAAGUGCACCUUCAUUCAGAUUCUCUACCACACCUGCCAACGCUACAGCUCAGUACGGAAACCAGAGUUUGUCAACUGUCAGUCCAAACUGCUGGGGGGUAACAGUAUACUACACUCGGCUGCCGACAGCGUGACAAGCGCCGUACAGAAGGCCAGCCAGGCUUUGAACGAGCGCGGGGAGCGAUUAGGUCGGGCUGAGGAGAGGACCGCAGACAUGAUGAACAGCGCUGAACAGUUUUCUGUCACUGCGCACAAGCUUGCCAUGAAGCACAAGUGUUAAACCACUGCCAAAACCAACUGGGGGGAGGGGAUCAACAAAUCGCCAGUCGCUGUACAGGAGAAGGAUUCCAGAUUUGAUUCUUAAUCUAAGUUCUAAUACGAUUCCUAUGUGUUAACAAUGUUAACAUUUCAAUGUUUUUGCGUUGUGUUCUGAUUCAUCUUCGUGAUGCAUCAAACAGAAGGGGAGGAAUAGAGGUAAACGAUGCUAUAGCAGAAUGUUUCAUGCUUCUGUUUGCCUAAAUACAAAGCUCCAGCUAUGACUGUAUGUUAUAACUUCAGACACUGAACACACUUACACUUCUCAUAUGCUAAGACACUAAUGUGACCGCACACACUGACACGUCACUAUCAGCCAUCAAUUCAAGGCAGGCAGCAGCUGGUCUUGCAGGUUAUCAAUUGUUCAAAGGUUAUUUAUGAGCACUGCAGUGAUUAUGCAGUCUGAUUUGAGUGACUGGCUCUCUCAUAAUAUAUAUAUAACACAAACAAAGCUAAAAAUACCCUAGAUUAACUUACAUGACACUUUUUACCAGAAUUAAUAUAUUGGGUCUAACAGCAGGAUGCCAGAUAAACAGAAUACUCACAUCUGUGGAUAAAAAAUAUGACUUCUUAUCCUCAACAUGACUAAUUCCAAAUUGUGAAUUCUUUGAAUGCAUUUAAAGAAUCAUUUAAUGCUUCCGUUGCUCUUUUGACUUUUAGGCACUGCAGUCUGUCCCUCAGUUGUUCUGUCCAUAAUUUCAAAAUGUAAAAAAAAAACAGUAUUAGUCAAAUUGUUUUCAACAUCUUAUGUCAGAAAUUGCAUAUAAGACUGAAGGGAGUAAUGGGGGAGAAUAUACCUAUAACAACAGUGGAGUAUAAUAUACUGUCUGUCAGACUUGUCUAACUUUCAAAUACAACCAAAACUACAUGGUCUACAUUUGCCAACAUUUUUGAAGUGUACUUGAAAAACUGUGUUUUGAAAAUAAGCUUUUUAAAGUGAAAUAAUUUAUGUUGAAGGAAACGAGGGUGCAAUCCAGUAAACCAGCUUCUGCAUUGUAAAAAGCUGAACUUGUAAUUCCACAGUACUAUAUCUCAAUGUCUGUAGAGCUAAUCUGUCCCAUGACUAUGGGAUGUUUUUAAAUAACUCCUAGCUGUAUCUCAACAUUCAGUGGUUAUAUUUCAUGCUUUCAGUAUCUUUUGGAUUGGUCAUUAUAAUGAUGUAAACACAGGUAGAUACAGGGCAAAGUGUCUUAUAUGUCUGCAGCGGUGUGUAGUUGUGUAUUCUUUGUGUCAUUGCACUCACACUGACUGUAACUUUGGCUUCCUCACUGGUAAGACACCACCAUCACAAUCGAGAUGUAUGUGAUUUUUUUAAAUAUUUUGAAUUUUAUAAUUAAUGUUGUUACAAUGCACCAACAACCUUAUCUUGCAGAGCACUGUUGAGUUCACGAUGACACGUUCCAGCUGCCUAACUGUUAUUGUGCUUGUUAUCCUCUUUUAACACUUUGGAUGUUUUAUCGUUUAAUAAAAGAUGUAUAAAAAAUAGUGUCCUUUUUAUGCUCAGCUUUAACAGUUCCAUCAAACAAUGGACCAAGAUGUACAUUUGUUUUGAUGGGUGUUUAUCAUUGAUAUUACAUAUGUGUGUUUUACUCACGUAGUUUUUUCUCAACUCAUAAACGGUAAGCUGCCUAAAGCUUUUGUGAUUUUCUCUGUAGUGCUGCUUAAACAAUGCUCACAUCACUCUGAUCUCACCUCUUCAUCAUAGUGAACGAUGUCAAAUAAAGUCACAUCCACAAUCAAAAUAAAAUGGUUCUUUAUUAGUG